CAUGUGGUCCUUAAGCCUUUGACAGAGACAGCUGCUGAGCCUCGUAUGGAGAGAUACUGCCUGAGAGAACACCAAAGAGAGAGAGUUUUGCUUUAGAAAAAAGAAUAUCAUUUCAGCUCAUUGAAGGUUCUGAAAUGGCCUCAAAGAAUUUCCAGCUAAGAGUUAAGCCUAAAAACAGCACAUUGGCUUCAUGACAACGUUCAGAGAAACUGUUUUCCAGAUAUCAUCAGACAGAUUUAUUUGUGAGAGAAUAUACUGACACUAUAUGAUAACAGACUGACCAGGAAGAAACACACUCACCAGAAAUCCCAUGGACUGACCAGAAGCCGAACACAGUGGGACGAUGGACUGACACAGACCUCCAAGCAGUUAUAGAUACUAUAAACCAGAACUGGAUAAGAGAAACCAAGGAUUAACCUCAAUUUGUAGACACCUUGAGUCAAAAUACUAUGUUCACAGAAGAUUUUUAAUCAUAGAAUAAGUACCAAUGACUUCCACUACAAGCUCUAUGCCCCCUGUCUCCAAACCUCCAGAGGCUGAAGUCAGGCUCAGCAUUUAUGCUAAGUCUUCCAUAUCCCUGACUUACAUGUUACUACUUUUUGCUGGAAUUCUAGGAAAUGCUAUGGUAAUAAGGGUCCUGUGGGGAUUACGCCGCCGACGUGUCCAGGCCUCUCUUAGUCACCAUAUGUGCAGCCUGGCAUCUUGUGAUCUUCUGCAACUGGUUUUGGGAAUACCAGCAGAGCUGUAUGGAAGCAUCUGGAGCCCCUUCCCAUGGCCUUUGGGUAACAUUGGCUGUUGUGGUUUCUAUUACCUAUGGGAAGUUCUCUGCUACGCCGCCAUCUUUAAUGUUUUGUCUCUGAGCUGUGAGAGGCACCUUGCUACUUGUCGGCCACUCAGUCUUCAUCUGCGCCAGUCUUCAGUUCGUUUGCGCCUUUGUUUCAUUUGGUUGAUGUCUCUGCUGGCUGGGCUUCCAGUUUUAUUUACCAUGGGCUUGGAAGAUGUUUAUGCAGCAGAUGUGGAUGAUCAGCACACAGAACUGUGGGUAUGUACCCCACUUAGCUCACGCAAAGGUCUUUUUGUUGCCACCAUCUGGGCCUCUUUUCUAACCUACCUUGGGGUGCUAUCGGUAGUGGGGAUAACAUGCUGGAGAAUGAGGAGGGCGCUGCAAGGCAGUGCCAGUCAAGAUGUGGAAGUUGCAGGCCCAGGUGGAUCAGUACAGCUACUAGGAAGAUUCUGCAGUGGGCAGACGGUUACAGCACGCAAGCAGAAUGCAAGGAUGCUGGGGUGCAUUGUGGGAGCUCUAGCCGUGUGUUGGCUUCCCUUCCAGGCCCGGCGACUCAUGACUGUCCUGCGCAGUAAAGAUCAGUGGACAGAGAAUUAUUAUCGCUCGUACAUCACUCUGCAGCCCAUCACCAACUGCUUCUACUACCUUAGUUCUUGCCUCACCCCGCUGCUGUAUAACUUGACAUCUCAAAGCUUUCGCAGGGCCUUUGUACAUGGCAUCACCCACUGCGCAUGGGGUACAACAUCGACAGCUUGCCCCUACAGACCUCAGCCUAGAGACUGUGUCAGAAUGUCAGCAAAAGGGCAGAAUGAGAGUUAUGUAUAAAUCAAUUCAGCUCAUACUGCAUUUUCAUCACAGUUUUUUCAUACCUUGGUUUAGCUAGGCCUGUGCCUCUGUUUUAGGGGUGUGCUGAAUCUAGGGUACUAUUCCUUGCUUUAGGCUGGACUCAAGCAAAUCCUUGGGACAGUUGGGGGUAUUUCAAUUGGGCUGCCAUGUCCAAAACCGCUGAGCCCACUAAAUUCCUGUAUGCCAUGUAAUAAGCUUGUGUCAGGCAUGAGCAAACGUAUAGAAAAUAGCAAGUUAUUCAUGUUUUCAGUACAGGUAUAGGACCCAUUAUCCAGAAUGCUCGGGACCAA